AUGGUCAAGAAGAGGGCGAACAACGGUCGCAACAAGAAUGGCCGCGGCCACGUCAAGCCCGUGCGCUGCUCCAACUGCGCUCGUUGCACUCCUAAGGACAAGGCGAUCAAGAGAUUCACCAUCCGCAACAUGGUUGAGUCCGCUGCCAUCCGUGAUAUCUCUGACGCGUCCGUUUUCACCGACUAUGCCGUCCCUAAGAUGUACCUGAAGCUGCAGUACUGCGUCUCCUGCGCUAUCCACGGCAAGAUCGUUCGUGUCCGCUCCCGGGAAGGUCGUCGUAACCGUGCUCCUCCCCCGCGUAUCAGGUACAACAAGGACGGCAAGAAGCUGGCUCCUCCUCAGGCCGCCAAGGCUAUGUAA